CCUCACCAUGGCCAAGAACAAGACCCUGACCUUCCUCUUCAUUCUCUUCACCAUUUUCUCAAUCUCAACCCUUACCACCACCGCCACAAAAAACCAUGGCUUUGCAAGAGUCUUAUCUCCACCUAAACUAGGGCUAAAGCGUCAGAAACUAAGCCACCUCCACUUCUACUUCCAUGACAUAGUCACUGGGAAAAAUGCUACAGCCGUGAGAGUUGCCGAGGCUCCGGUGACAAAGACAUCACCCACAGCAUUCGGAGCUGUGAAUGUGAUGGAUGACCCGUUGACUUUAAAGCCUGAACUGAGUUCCGAACGAGUGGGAAGUGCUCAAGGAAUAUAUGCUGCGGCUUCGCAAAGUGAGGUGGGGUUGUUAAUGGAUCUCAACUUUGUUUUCACUACAGGAAAGUUCAAUGGUAGUACUAUCAGUUUGAUAGGGCGCAAUAGUGUGUUCUCGAAUAUCAGGGAAUUUCCUAUCGUUGGUGGGAGUGGGCUUUUUCGCUUCGCACGCGGGUACGCUCAGGCUCAUACUUAUUCGUUGGAGCCAACUGGUGAUGCUGUUGUGGAGUACAAUGUUUAUGUCUUCCAUUAUUGACGUGUGUUUUUCUCUUUUCUUUAUG